GGGAGGGGGCGGCGGAGGUGGGCGCUGGGGGGCCGCGCGCAGUCGCUCUUGCUGGGGGAAGAGAGAACGAGAGAGAGAGGAAGGGGGCGAGUGGACUCCUCGAAGGCUCCAAUAAAGCCAGCGAGGGAUCAUAAGGCUUCUGCCCAUUUGCUAGACUACUAGGUUAUUACUCGGAAUCAGCCAUGCCUUCGGAAGGGAAAACAGAUAUGGAGAGGAUUGGCCUCUUCAGUGAAAUGGAAUAUAUUACAAUUGGGGAUAAGUAUGUCUUGCCAUUUUCCCGCGCUUUUAACGAAGCUGCAAGCAAGAGCAAGCAAAUGCUGCCAGGGGGUCCCAAAGAGAAGUCCGCUCUCCAGGCGGGUUACUUUGACCCCGUGUAUGGAAGAAUUUUUGAAGGUGAAAGUUACUCAAACCCCGUUCAGCUACGGAGAAGAUACCGAAUGGAAGAGUCUAAGAAAAACUUGAGCAAACCUUUCCUUCCCAGUAAUGGAGAGAAACUGCCUUGCGGUAUAGGAACCUAUUACGGAACCAUUGGUGGUCCAUGCCCCUUCUUUAGUCCACAAGCAAAAGACAAAGUUGCCUAUGCGCCACCUGGGAAGAACCUGUACACCAAUCCAGGGAAGAAAGGAACUGGCUAUGGGUUUCCAAAUAUCACAAUAGGUAAACCGUACUCACACUCAGUUGAAUUAUAUGACAUAGGAAGAAUAACCUUUAAGAAAACAUCUGAUGAACACCAUCGUCUGAUGAAAGGUGGACCUUUUAAGCUGAAUCUUUAUCCCCGAGAGUAUUUUGAUGUGAAUCCUUACCACGAUGAAGGACCAGUGCCGCCCCCGAAGAAACCACCCCCACCCGCAUCAGUUCAAACUGCCUUUAAACCAAGUUCUCCUGCGAAGAAACCAGGGGGCAUGAAAGCAGGCACGUUUGACCCUUAUCCAACCCAUUCCUCGGAACCAUACGUAGUGAAGCUGCCUAAGCCUAUCACAACCAAUAAACAAGGACGAAUAUUUAAUUCUGCUUGUGCAACUAGGAGCAGGCCAAUUAAAAGUAUAAUGGCAGCCAGUGUUGAAAAAUCAUUAAAUGUAACAAAUUACACGGAUCCACAGGUGAUGCCAUAUUAGCUGUACAACAGAAUGAUCUUUACUGGAUUCUGUAACAUUUGAACAACUCGGGGGGCUACCGAAGUCAAUAAAAUUUUUGUGGCUAAGGGAAAUACAUCAAAUACUGCAGUCCUUUGCCACAACUGAAUCCCACUUGUGACUGUAUUUCAUAAAUAUAUAAGCAAGCUAAUUGAUAACAUAUUUAACAAUAAUGUCUAUAAAAUGUGAAGAAUAUUUUGAUCCAAAUUUUAUUUAGGCUGUGCAUGAUAGGUAUGUGUUGAAAAAAAGCUAUAAAUCGUAUAACCAAGUAACAGUAGCAUUUAAUGCGACUAACAUUUAAAAACCAUUUGUCACCCAAAGUGAAGUUGAACGUUUCUUCAAAGGAUUUAGUACCUGUUUCUAGUUGAUAGAUACCUAUUUAGAUAAAUGCAAGUGUUUUACUGGAUUUUUUCCUCCUAGCAAAUGUAAAUGUUCUGAACAGUAUUCAUGUGUGAAAACAUAGCACGACAAAGAAAAUCCCACUAUUGUAAGCUCUUAAAUGUUCAAAUGAAAACUGGUUUUAUAUUUUCAUUCAUUCAAGUUUUGCAUUUUGUAAGAAAUUCAUUUUAUUCCUGAACAAGAGUAAUUAACCGACAAUAAAACUCAGAUGAAUAUA